CAUGGCACAGUUGUGUCGAGUGUUCGCCACCAAACAGAGCAACUUGAACGCGACCGUCCCACCGCAUUUGAACGGUUUGUCCCUGCCGCCUUUCCGUACUGACCUCCUGACCUGUUUGUCACAUGACCAGUCAGGCUGAAGGCUCGCUCCAGGCCGGCUGAUGUCGUCCGGCUGUCAAACGCUUCUCGUCCACUUCAAACGCUGAAGGAGGAACAAACAUGGGCCGCUUUCCUCCCGCCGGUCGUGUGACACGAGGAUCGGAGAAGGUUCCCUCCCAUCAUGGCUGCUAGCUUCUAUCCGAGCCCUUUUGAGGAGGCGGCGGGCGAGGUCAAGGAGGGCUUCCUUUGCCCGCUUUGCCUCAAGGACCUGCAGUCCUUCUACCAACUCCAAGAGCACUACGAAGACGAGCAUUCCGGGGAGGAGCGCCACCACGUUCGAGGACAACUGAAAAGUUUGGUCCAGAAGGCAAAGAAAGCCACAGACAAGCUGUGGAAAAGGGAUGGAGACGACCGGGGUGACGCUGGCACUUAUGAGUCCUUCUACUACGGCGGGGUGGACCCGUACAUGUGGGAGCCUCAGGAGCUGGGAGCCACGAGAAGCCACUUGGACUCGUUCAAGAAGCAACGCGCCGCCAGGAUCGACCACUACGUCAUCGAGGUGAACAAGCUCAUCAUCAGGCUGGAAAAGCUGACGUCUUUCGACAGGACCAAUUCGGACCCGUCCAAAAUCCGAGCCAUCGAGAAGUCGGUCGUGUCCUGGGUGAACGACUCGGACGUCCCCUUCUGUCCGGACUGCGGGAGCAAGUUCAACAUCCGCAACCGGCGGCACCACUGUCGUCUCUGCGGCUCCAUCAUGUGCCGGAAGUGCAUGGACUUUGUCGCCUUGCCUCUCGCUCAAAAGCUGAUCAGCGGGACACGCGAGGCCCUGAGUGUGCCCGGGGGCCGCGGCCAAUGCCGCUCGCCCGGCGCCGCGGGCUCCCGCAGAGGCAGCCUGAGCAGCCUGAGCAGCGUCACGUCCGUGCUGGACGACAAAGACGACGACAAGAUCCGCUGCUGUUGUCACUGUACGGAAACGCUGUUGAAGAGGGAGCGCAAGAUGGACGAGAAAGACUUUGUGCCCGACAUAGUCAAGCUUUACCAGCGGCUGAGGAUGUGCAUGGAGAAGGUGGACGAGAAGGCCCCGGAAUACAUCCGAAUGGCCGAGUCGCUUAACGCCGGCGAGACCACGUACAAUCUGGAGACAGCGGGGGGACUUCGACUGGAGGUGCAGAAAUACUACGAAUUAAUCGACGCUCUGAGCAAGAAGAUUCUGACGUUGGGAAUGAAAGACGAGCCGCAGCCGCGUCCGAAGGUGCUGCAGCUGCAGAGGAUGGUGCGCUAUUCGGCCACGCUCUUUGUCCAGGAGAAGCUGCUUGGGCUCAUGUCCUUACCGACCAAGCAGAAAUAUGAAGAGCUGAAAGAAAAGAGAAAACAGGAACAAGAGAGGAGACUCCAACAAGAGAGACUGGCCGCCCAGGAGGUCCUGAAGGGAAGGCAGGAGUCGGAGAAGAACCGCCCUCCCGCCGACAGCAACGGAGAGAUCCCGCAGGCCCCCCGCCUGACCAAAGUCGGCGGCUGGUUGCCCUCCUCCGAGCCGGGCCACGCGCGCGGCGCGUCGGACGACCCCCUCCUGCAGCAGAUCGACAACAUCCGCUCCUUCCUGCGGCAGGCGCGCGAGGCCCGCAGGGCGGACGAGGUGGCCGUGCUGGAGGAGAACCUGCGGCAGCUGCAGGACGAAUACGAGCGGCAGCAGACCGGCCUGGCCGUCGCGCUCUCGCGCAAGCUGGCCGACGAGGAGGACGCGCGGCGGGAAGAGCUGCGCCGCCUGGAGGCCCGGGAGAGGGAGGAGAGCCGGGCCCCGUUCGACCUCGUCCUUGCCGGAGGCGCCGCUCGAGAUUUCGAGCCGAAAGAUGAAAGCUCCGUUGCGGAGCGGAACGACGAGUCCCCGCCGAGGCGCGGGAGCUCAGGCGGCCGGGUGACGCCGCCGAGCCGAGACGGAUGCGAAGACCCUUUCCGCCAAGAGGGCUCCACGCCCAUCGAGGAGGAUCCGUCCAAUCCCUUUUGCGAGGACAUCAGGAGGGAGCACGGGAAAGUGACCAACGGAAAGAAAGAAUACAACCCUUUUGACGAGGACGAAAACGAGGAGGACGCACGGGCCGACCGCGUUCCCGGCAACCCCUUUGAGGAGGACGACAGCGACAACGACAACACGGAGGGCACCGACCCCUUUGCGGCCGAUUGCAAUGCCGGCUCCUCCACCAAUCCUUUCGACCGCGACGACGCUGACAACGUGGACUCGAUCGAGGAAGAGCUGCUGCUGCAGCAGAUCGACAACAUCCGGGCCUACAUUUUUGACGCCAAGCUCAGCGGUCGGCACGACGAAGUGGAGCUGCUGGCGGAGAACCUGCGAGAGCUCCAGCGCGCCCUACAGGAGCAGAAGAGAAACAAGCAGUGACACGCGCCGGACCCUUCGCGUCCGGCCUCACCACCAACACACGUCAGCACGCUCGUGGAACGACUCGAAAGCCCGCUUUGGAAUCGCCGCCGCUCGUGACCGCUCCCCUCCAGACUCCAGCCGGCGCUCGUAAGCCCGACGCAGCCGUCGUCAUUUGUGAAAAGACGUGACCGGGAAGCCGCCGCGGUUCCACCGGUGGUGCGCUCGAGUUGUCUUGCUCGUGAGGGAAAAAAGAGGCGGACAGAAACGCUCUGACGGCUUCGCCACAUGAUCAACCACUUGCCACGCCUCGAGGCGCGUCCCUCCUCGAGGCGCUUUUCUUCUUAGAUGACGCCUCGAUAUUCCACUUAUUUGCACAUUUGAAGCCGCGCCGUUAGAAAGAGGAAAAGAAUGUUUACCCGAAACAACACGCGUCUGCCCUGCCAGGUGGCAGAAGCAAGAUGACGCAUCGCUCCGCAUUUUAAUUGGAUAAUUGGGCUCAAUAUCACGAGCGGGAAACGCGUGCCGGGAUGACAAGAAAUAUCAUCAAAUAGGGUUCCUCUACCCGCUCUACCAACUGAGCCGCUGGUGUCCCAAAGUUAUUUGAUCCGCUCAAGUUUUAUUUUCAUGAUCUUUUUAAAUCUUGUCUAUUUACAAAAAAAGAAUAAACAGGGCACAGCUUGCUGCCGGAAUCGCGUUGCAAAGUGAAAGUCCGUCACAUACUCGUAAAAUGUGAAAUCAACCCCAAAAAGUCCAUCGUGCCGGCAAACUCGCCUCAUUAGCUUUCGGGAUCCACGUUGGUUGCUUGCGGUUAUUUUCAAAAUGUAAAAAAAAAAAAAAAAAAA